AUGUUGGAGGAUGUGAUUGAUUUUAGUUUCCACCAAGCAGACUCGGAGGAGAUAGUUAUCCCCAAGGGAGAGGAGCAGCCGGGCUCGGAGGAGGCAGCCCUGCUGGAGCAGUUCCGUCGCCUAUUUGCGCCCAUUUUGGAUGAUAGCUUGAAGCUUUACUACCAGCUAAAUGACACGGAUGACGCUGAGCACGUAAGGAUCCACCAAACGAUGGCGCAGCUGUACGAUGUGGGUAGCAGCGAGGAAGAGACGAUGGUGACCCAGGUGAACAGUCCAUCGCCAUCGCCUCCGAUUGAGGUUGAGCUGCUUCUCCCCCUUUCAAGUGACAGCUCGACGGCCAGCAGUUCCCUCUACGCGAUCCACACCCCGUCGCCGGCUCAUCCCAGUGGCGUGCUCCUGAUGCCCCAAAAUCUAGAGUCGCCGCUGAUGUCCCACAGUGAUCCCAUCACGCUCACCGAACAGGUGCAGCUGCACAACCCUCCCCCGGAGGACGAGAACAACACGUCCUGUUCGCUGUCAUCAAACCUGACGGACAGCAAGACCCUGGACGGUCGAACGCCCAUUGUGGUUUGAGGAGGACGACGGACUAAUCCCCGAUCUGCUUAACUUGUGAUUUCGUUUACACAGUCUUAGAGAAACAACAAACAGUUGGCGGAAAAAGAACAGCUUAACGUUAAAUAUUAGUCUUAAAUAAUGUUUGUGUGUAUGUGUCUGUCAAAGUUGUUAACAUAUUAAUUGCGUUUAUGCGGAGCGGAUAACAAUAGAGAGUCAAAUGUGUUUUUAAUAUAUAAUUCAGCCAUACGAAUGUUAUACAUGAAAUGUCCCACCAAGUAUUCAAAUAAUUUCCUGUUUGUAUCAGAAAACUUCCGAAAAAAAUACCUGAAUAUUAAUUUUUGGAUUCAAAUUAAAUUUAAUAGGUUGUAUUCUCUUAUUUCUUAAACCUUCCAACUGCAUAGACGCAAUCUAGAUGUGUGUGUUUUAUAUGGCUUAAGUUCUCGCUUCUUAACCAUACACCCAACCAUUAUCCCAUCAUCCAUGGUCAUCUUCACAGAAAACUAAAAACAUUGAGCAAAUUUUUCUCACUUCGUUCGGAUUGAAUAAGGAAGUUGUAUAGGGAAAGGAACUAUAAGCAGCCAGACGGCCUGAUGGCACUCAUAGAGUAGUCCAUCGGGGCCCUUAGGGACUUGGCAUUAACAUUUCUGAUUUAUCUCUCUCACAUGCACCUAGCGAAAAAUAAAUUCCAUAUUCUAUUGUUCUCUCUGCACUCAUUCAUAGGACAAUUAUUCUUUGCCUUGUAGUCAAAUUUACUUGAUUUUCAUACUCAUAUGAUCUUAAAAAUGUAACAUUUAAGCUUAGCAAAGAGUCGAUUUUAGUGUACAAGACGAUAUACAUACAUAACUUGAUAUAAAAAAUAAUACAUUUGGAAUUUUAGCAUACUAUUUUAAGCUGAGAAAGUGUUAACAAACGCGCAAUUUUUACUCAUAAAGUUGGGCAUUACGUAAACUGAAAAGUAUUCCGCAUAAAAAAAAAAAAAAAAGA